AUGACGUACAAACCUCCACAUGCUCAUCUCUCACCCGUCACCACCUGUGUCUCAGAUGAGGUGCAGGACUCAGUGUAUAACAUCAAAUUACCUCUACGCUUCAUAUUUCAACUACCCAAUGGCUUUCUUCUCUGUUGUAUGGAGGCUCUUGUGUUGACCCAGGAGAAAACCAUGACUUCAGCACUGGGUCAAAAUGUGCAGAUUAGAUGUACAGUGGAUAGCAGUAGUUGGACAAUAUCCUGGUACCAGCAGAAACCAGGCAGUGCUCCAAACUUCUUGCUUGCUGAUGGCCACAGGGCAUCUGGUUUGGCCAGCAGAUUCACCUACACGGAUAGUGGAUACAAAGAGUACCUGAACAUCAAUGGAGUCACAGCUGAUGAUGAAGCUGUUUACUAUUGUGCUAUGCAUGAAUCACCGUGGACUAGCUACUUCGGAGGAGGCACAAAACUAACACUGAGUAACGCCCGUCCCCAAUCCCCCCCUGAGCUGGUGGUGCUGGCCCCCUCCCAGGCCCUCUCCUCUGGGGACAGGCCUACUGUGGUGUGCCUGGCUCAGGGCUUCUACCCUGAUGGUGCCACCCUGAGCUGGUCAGAGGAUGGCAAAGAAGUGGCGGCCACUGACUUCCAGACGGGCCCGUCUCAGCGCCAGUCUGAUGGCACCUUCUCCCUCAGCAGCGUCCUGACGGUGCAGCCGCAACGCUGGCACUCUGGCCGUUCCUACAGCUGCCAGCUGCAGCACUCUGCCCUCUCCAGGCCUCUGAGCAAGGCUGUGGACAACGCUCACUGCAGCUAGACAGGCUACAGUGGACAACACUCACUGCAGCUAGAUGGG